AUGUUUUCUGAACUUUCAGCAGUUGGCAAAAUCAUUCAGCAAGAUCUUGUUGAUGUUCAACAGCAUCAUCACAAGCAUAAACUUCUAUUAGAAACCUUACGAAAACCAAUUCAUCAUCAUCAUCACGAUGAGGAAAAUAAUGAUCAUCACUUCUUCCGAAUGGCAAAUAUUGAAAAAGUUUCAGUUUUGGAGGAUAAAAUUCCAAAAACAAGUGAUUAUGAACCGUUAUCUUGGGCUUGUUUUGGGAAAUGCAAAAAAUCAAGAAUUGACUUUUUGAGUAGGAUUACAAAUCAAGAGGUUUUUCAAGCUAUGAGAUUGGAACAGGAAUUUAUGGGUGAGAAUGUGUUUAUUGGAUUUUCUGAUUUUGGAGUUGAUGAUUCACACGAGUUGGAACAGAAUAAGAAUUUGUUGCAUAUUUGUUACAAGUCACAUGUUCAUCAUGGCUUUUUAUUGGUUAUUGAUACAGUGGACGUUUCAGAAAAUUAUUUAUUGAAUGAAUUGCCUUUGUGGGUGAAGGAUUUAAGAAGUGUCAUAUCAGAUUCCGUUCCAAUCGUUCUGAUUGGCAAUAAUGCUGAUAAGAGAGACGCCCUACUAUCAACUCAACAUAAAUUGGAAGAUAGACUUCCUUUGAGUACAGAACAGGGAGAGAAACUAGCUGAAAAGUUGGGCUGUUUCACAUAUAUAGAAAUGGAAAAGGAAUUGUCAAUGGAUUGUUUGAGACAAUUACUUGUAAAAAUUCAUAUCAUUCAUCAAGAUUUGACAGUUCACAAAUAA